CCCAGGCCCUCACAGAAAGAAAUCAGCUCUCUCAGAGCCUUCAUGCUGCUCUUCCUCAAACAGCUCAUACUCAAGGAUCGAGGUGUUAAAGAAGAUGAGCUUCAGAGUAUUCUCAACUAUCUGCUGACCAUGCAUGAGGAUGAAAAUCUCCAUGAUGUUCUUCAACUGCUGGUGGCCCUCAUGUCUGAACAUCCAGCUUCCAUGAUUCCUGCAUUUGACCAGAGAAAUGGCAUCCGGGUGGUGUACAAACUACUGGCUUCCAAGAGUGAAAGUAUCCGAGUUCAGGCUCUGAAAGUUCUGGCUUAUUUCCUCAAACACUUGGGCCACAAGAGAAAGGUGGAAAUAAUGCACACAAACAGUCUCUUCACACUUCUUGGCGAACGGCUUAUGCUGCACUCCAACACGGUGUCAAUAACUACCUACAACACAUUGUAUGAGAUUUUGACAGAGCAGGUUUGCACUCAGGUCGUCCACAAGCCUCAUGUUGAACCCGACUCUACUGUGAAGAUCCAGAACCCAAUGAUUCUGAAGGUGGUGGCAACACUGCUGAAAAACUCAACGCCCAGCGCAGACCUGAUGGAGGUGCGGCGUCUCUUCCUCUCUGACAUGAUCAAACUUUUCAGCAACAGCCGUGAAAACAGACGGUGUCUGCUGCAGUGUUCGGUUUGGCAGGACUGGAUGUUCUCUCUCGGCUACAUUAACCCUAAGAACUCGGAGGAGCAGAAGAUCACUGAGAUGGUUUACAAUAUCUUCCGGAUCCUUCUCUACCACGCCAUUAAGCACGAGUGGGGUGGAUGGCGUGUCUGGGUGGACACACUCUCAAUAGCCCACUCUAAAGUGACAUAUGAAGCACACAAGGAAUAUUUAGCCAAAAUGUACGAGGAAUACCAGCGACAGGAAGAAGAGAACAUUAAGAAAGGCAAGAAAGGGCUUGUCAGCACCAUUUCAGGACUCUCAGCCCAGGCAUCAGCCAUCAAAGGCACUCUCGAGCUGGACGCAGACUCCCAAACCCAGACUCCAGAGAGUGAAGCAGAUGAACCAGAGACCACGGAUUCUGGUCGGAACCUCCUGUCUGAAACCAAAAGUUUGGAUGAGGACAACCCAGCCUCAGGUGUCCACGUGGAAGUUCAUGACCUGCUUGUAGACAUCAAAGCAGAGAAGGUUGAAGCCACAGAGGUGAAGAUGGACGACCUGGACCUCCUGCCUGUCACCGAGAAUGGAGGCUUGGUGGAAGUGGACUCUCUUCUUGAUAAUGUCUACUCGGCUGCAGUGGAGAAGCUAAACAGCAGCGUAAACAAUGUACUAGUACCUAAAGCCAGUCUAGAAAACAAAAACUCUGGUCCUCUCAUCACACUGGCAGACGAAAAAGAUGCCAUUUCAAGUAACAACACCUUCCUCUUUGGGACAUUGGCGAGCAGCUCGGGGGAAAACCUUCUUCCUGAAAUUGGCCCGUCUGAACCUCUUCCUCUCUCAGGAGUAGAGCCUCAGGUUCAUACAAGUUCUAGCGCAGACCUUGGGCUUUUGGCUCUCAUGACGAAGAGCUCAAAAGAGUUGAGUGCCAACACAGUGGCUUUGGAGGAUGACAGCUUUAAGAUGCAGCCAGCUUUGAGUGGUUUCAACAUCUCUGAAGGGGAAAGCCUGACUAAAUGCCCGGGGCAGGUGGAGACGGUGGCAGUAGAUCUGGAGCAAGGAGCUUCUGGGGUAAAAGAUGUCACCAGCACUACAUCAGACACUGAGAAAUCAGAUGAUGGCAAAGAAAAAGAGAUUAAGAAGAUUCAGACGACUGCUACAACACAGAGUUUGCACGGCCGUUCUGGUAGUCAUCUGGAUCGAGAUCUGCGGGUUGAUCUGGGCUUUAGAGCAAUGCCGAUGACAGAAGAGCAGCGUCGGCAGUUCAGUCCUGGUCCUCGCACCACCAUGUUUCGUAUCCCAGAGUUCAAGUGGUCCCCGAUGCACCAGCGUUUGCUUACGGAUCUGCUCUUUGCCCUGGAAUCAGAUGUACACAUUUGGAGAAGUCAUUCAACAAAAUCCAUCAUGGACUUUGUCAACAGCAACGAGAACAUAAUCUUUGUACACAAUACCAUUCACCUGAUCUCACAGAUGGUGGAUAACAUCAUCAUCGCCUGUGGAGGAAUCCUUCCCCUGCUGUCCGCCGCCACUUCCCCUUCUAGUGAGAUGGAAGGCCUGGAGGUGACGCAGGGCAUGUCGUCUGAGACCGCCGUGAUUUUUCUGACCCGUCUGAUGGCCAUAGUGGAUGUGCUGGUCUUCGCCAGUUCACUCAACUUCAGCGAGAUUGAAGCUGAGAAAAACAUGUCCUCAGGUGGACUGAUGCGACAGUGCCUCAGACUAGUGUGUUGUGUGGCUGUGAGGAACUGUUUGGAGUGUCGUCAGCGUCAGAGGGACAGGAGUCUGAAAUCCUCUUUGUCCUUCAGUAAGUCUCAGGAGGGCCUGCAAAGUGUGUCCACAGCCAGCAAGACCACCAUAGAAAAUUUUCCAAGUAAUGUUUCUCCAAUUAAGGACCCGGACCGACUUCUGCAAGAUGUGGACAUUAACCGUCUGCGAGCUGCUGUCUUUCGGGACGUUGAUGACAGUAAGCAGGCCCAGUUCCUGGCUCUCGCGGUUGUCUAUUUCAUCUCAGUGCUCAUGGUGUCAAAGUACCGGGACAUCCUGGAGCCCCAGCGGGAGACGGGCAGGUUCAUAAGCCAAUCAGGAAGAGGCAUUCGGCAGGAGAUCAACUCCCCCACCAGCACAGAUCACCCAUCACUCCUCUCUGACGGUCGUAAGGAAGCUCUAGGUGUGCUGGAAUCAUCCCGUCAUGAGUCGUCCCUCCCUCACUCUGACUCCGGCCUGGGAGAUGACCAGGUGUCCAGUGUGAUGAACGGGGCCGACUUGGACCUCGCCAUGGGGGGCCCGAACGGCAUGAGCGGCCUGUUCUGCACCCUGUCAUCAGUGGCCCGAUCUCAGGAGAGCUUGAUUGAACCGUCCACUGUGGAGCACCUCAAAACCGCCUCGUCCAUCUCUAGCAUCAACCAGGCCAAUAAAGGCAUCAAUGUGAAGGAGAUCCUCAAGAGCCUGGUGGCGGCUCCGGUGGAGACCACAGAGAGUGGGACAGAAGCCCUGCCAUAUCCGGAGCAGCAGGCCAUGAAGAGGGAAGCACAGGCCAUGAUGCCCAUGCAGUUCCAUUCGUUUGACAGGAGUGUGGUGGUUCAGGCCAAGAAGCCUCUUUCAGGCCUGACAGUGAACACAGUGGGCACUUCUGGAUCCAGCAGCGCUUUGACCUCUGGAAGCACACCUAACAUCUUCGCCGCUGCGUCCAUUACACCCAAAAGCAUGAUCAACACUACAGGUAAGCACGGAGCCACAGACACAUCCUCUUCCUCUUCUGCCAGCUUUGUGAAUGGAGCCACCAGUAAGAAUCUGCCUGCAGUUCAGACUGUGGCCCCGAUGCCUGAGGACACCAUGGAGAACAUGAGUAUCACUACUAAACUGGAGCGAGCGCUGGAGAAGGUGGCGCCGCUGUUGAGGGAGAUCUUUGUGGAUUUUGCACCAUUCCUGUCUCGUACUCUACUGGGCAGCCAUGGCCAAGAGCUGCUCAUUGAAGGUCUGGUGUGCAUGAAAUCAAGCACCUCGGUUGUGGAACUGGUUAUGUUGUUAUGCUCUCAGGAGUGGCAGAACUCGAUCCAGAAGAAUGCUGGUCUGGCUUUCAUUGAGCUGAUCAACGAGGGAAGACUGCUUUGUCACGCCAUGAAGGAUCAUAUUGUUCGAGUGGCCAAUGAAGCAGAGUUUAUUCUCAACAGACAGCGAGCCGAAGAUGUCCACAAACAUGCUGAGUUUGAGUCAAACUGUGCUCAGUAUGCGGCCGACAGGAAGGAAGAGGAGACGAUGUGUGAUCACCUCAUCAGCGCUGCCAAACACCGUGAUCAUGUGACAGCCAAUCAGCUGAAGCAGAAGAUCCUCAACAUUCUCACCAAUAAACACGGAGCCUGGGGCGCAGCAGCACAGAGGAGCUCCUGUCUUUUCCCCUUUUCCAGUCAGCAACAGCAGCAUGACUUCUGGCGUCUGGAUUACUGGGAGGACGACCUGCGGAGGAGGCGGAGAUUCAUACGAAACCCCUUUGGCUCCACCCACUUAGACAUCACGUGCAAAUCACUGGAGGACUACGGCCCGGAGGAAGACGAAGCUCUGAGAGGGAGAAAGGGUUUCCGCGGGCAGGCAUCGGUCAGCCAGAACACUGAGACAGAGCUGAUGCUCGAGGGGGACGAUGACGCUGUCAGUUUACUGCAGGAGAAAGAGGUCGACAACUUGGCAGGCCCUGUUGUUUUGAGCACUCCGGCCCAGCUUAUUGCUCCGGUCACUGUAGCUCGUGGGACUCUCUCCAUCACUACCACGGAAAUCUAUUUUGAAGUGGACGAAGAUGACCCAGCCUUCAGACGCAUUGAUGCCAAAGUGCUGGUUUACUCCGAGGGGCUUCAUGGGAAAUGGAUGUUCAGCGAGAUCCGAGCCGUGUUCACCCGACGCUUUCUACUGCAGAACACAGCGCUGGAGAUCUUCAUGGCCAACAGAACGUCGGUCAUGUUUAACUUCCCUGAUCAGCCCACGGUGAAGAAGGUGGUCUACAGUCUGCCUUGUGUUGGAGUCGGGACGAGUUACGGUCUUCCACAGGCCAGGCGUAUUUCGUUGGCCAGCCCUCGCCAGCUCUUCAAGUCCUCUAACAUGACGCAGCGCUGGCAGAGACGCGAGAUCUCCAACUUUGAGUAUCUGAUGUUUCUCAAUACCAUCGCAGGAAGGACAUACAAUGAUCUGAACCAGUAUCCAGUUUUCCCUUGGGUCCUCACUAAUUUCGAGUCAGAAGAGCUGGACCUGACAGUUCCCAGCAACUUUAGAGACCUUUCAAAGCCAAUCGGAGCGCUGAACCCAAAGCGUGCUGUUUUCUACGCCGAUCGCUAUGAAUCAUGGGAUGAGGAAACUCCACCCUGCCACUACACAACUCACUAUUCCACUGCCGCCUCCACCCUCCACUGGCUUGUCCGAAUCGAGCCUUUCACCACAUUCUUCUUAAACGCCAACGGCAACAAGUUUGAUCACCCAAACCGCACUUUCUCCAGCAUCGCCCGCUCGUGGAGGCACUGCCAGCGUGAUACUGCAGAUGUGAAGGAGUUGAUCCCUGAGUUCUACUACCUGCCGGAGAUGUUUGUAAACAGUAAUGGCUACUGUCUGGGUGACAGGGAUGACGGCGUCCCUGUUUGUGAUGUGGAACUACCAGCUUGGGCGAAGAAACCAGAGGACUUUGUCAGGAUCAACAGGAUGGCCUUGGAAAGCGAGUUUGUGUCGUGUCAGCUGCACCAGUGGAUUGACCUUAUUUUUGGCUACAAGCAACGUGGGCCUGAGGCGGCGCGUGCCCUCAACGUCUUUCACCACCUGACCUACGAGGGCUCCGUCAACCUCGACAGCCUCGCCAGUGAUCCGCCGUUACGCGAGGCCACCGAGGCUCAGAUCCAAAGUGUUGGACAGUCGCCAUCUCAGUUGCUCAUCGAGCCUCAUCCGCCCCGUAGCUCCGCCAUGCACCUGAGUCCGCUCAUGUUUAAGGAUCAGAUGCAGCAGGAUGUCAUCAUGGUGCUGAAGUUUCCCUCCAACUCUCCCGUCACUCACGUGGCCGCAAACACACUUCCACACCUGACCCUCCCAGCAGUGGUCACCGUCACCUGCAGCAGGCUCUUUGCCGUCAACCGCUGGCAUAACACUGUGGGUCUUCGAGGAGCUCCAGGAUAUUCACUAGAGCAGGCCCACCACCUCCCUAUUGAGAUGGACUCACUGAUUGCUAACAACUCAGGCACAAACAAGAGGCAAAUCACUGACCUGGUUGACCAGAGCAUUCAGAUCAACACUCAGUGUUUUGUGGUGACGGCAGAUAACCGCUACAUCCUGGUGUGUGGAUUCUGGGACAAGAGUUUCCGUGUUUACUCCUCAGACACAGGCAAGCUCACACAGAUCGUGUUUGGUCACUGGGAUGUGGUCACAUGUCUGGCGCGCUCAGAAUCUUACAUUGGGGGCGAUUGCUACAUCGUGUCAGGAUCCAGAGAUGCCACUCUCCUGCUGUGGUACUGGAGUGGACGACACCACAUCAUAGGAGACAACCCUAAUAACUGUGAUUACCCAGCUCCCCGUGCGGUUCUGACGGGUCAUGACUUUGAGGUGGUGUGUGUGUCAGUGUGUGCAGAGCUCGGCAUUAUAAUCAGUGGAGCCAAAGAGGGGCCGUGUCUGGUGCACACAAUCACCGGGGAUCUAUUGAGGGCUCUGGAGGGUCCCGACAGCUGUGUUCUGCCCCGUCUCAUCUGUGUGUCCAGCGAGGGCCACUGCAUCAUCUACUUUGACCGAGGCCAGUUCUGCAGUUUCAGCAUCAACGGCAAACUGCUGGCCCAGAUGGAGAUCAAUGACUCCACACGUGCUAUCGUGUUGAGCAGUGAUGGGCAGAAUCUGGUGACGGGUGGAGAUAAUGGUGUGGUUGAAGUGUGGCAGGCCUGUGACUUCAAGCAACUCUACGUUUAUCCCGGCUGUGAUGCAGGUGUCCGAGCCAUGGACCUGUCACAUGAUCAGAGGACUCUGGUCACAGGGAUGGCGUCUGGUAGCAUCGUGGCUUUCAACAUCGAUUUUAAUCGCUGGCACUUCGAGCAUCAGAACAGAUACUGAGAGCCGUCAGCCAAUCAAAUGUCCACUUCAGCCUCCAAACAACAACAACAGAAAGUGAUGUAGCAACAGAGAUGAAACGCAAUGGAACGAAUAGCCUAAACAAGAGAACUCUGCUCAAACAUGAAUCCAGCCGCUAAUACAUGAAUAUUUCAAAAGGAGUCAAGAGAGAGCACAGAUUUAUGCCAGUCUAAAUAUUGUCUGUAAAUGUCAACAAUAGUCCCAUUGGAACUCAUAAUUGUAACACUUUACAACAAUAACAAUAUUUUUAUGAGGUUUCUUUUUUUACUGGCUUGUUCCACUUGUUUUUUCCUCUCCUGAAGGCUCUUGGGAAUGAAAAAGCUACCAAAAUAAACACUAAGUAAAGAAACGUCCUCAUUCUGA